AUGUGCGGGAUCAUCGCGUUGAUGUUGGCCAACAAGUAUGAGCACUGUAAUCAGGGACUUUACGAUGGCCUGACUGUACUGCAGCACCGCGGACAAGAUGCCGCCGGCAUCAUGACGUGUGAGAAGAAGCGGCUGUUUCUACGCAAGGACAACGGCCUUGUGCGCGACGUGUUCAAACAAAACCAUAUGCUUAAUCUACGCGGCAACAUGGGCAUCGGUCAUUGUCGGUAUCCGACUGCCGGCUCCAGCGCGAGCUCUGAAGCACAGCCAUUUUACACAAACUCACCUUACGGUGUAGCGCUUGCGCACAAUGGAAACCUUACGAACUCGCACGAGCUUGUGGAUCAGCUGGCAAAUACGAACUUCCGACACGUAAAUACGGACUCAGACUCGGAGCUUUUGCUUAACAUUUUGGCUUCGGAGCUGCUUAAACGUGUUGACCAGCCACUGGACACAACAAUGGUACUAGAUGCUGUCACGGGCGUUUUUCAGCGUUGCCGCGGUGGCUUCGCAGCCGUUGUGCUCAUAAACGGCUUUGGAAUCGUUGCCUUCCGAGAUCCUCAUGGGAUUCGUCCUCUAGUGUUUGGUACUCGUCGAUCGCAACAUGGAAACGAUUACGUUGUGGCCUCCGAAAGUGUUGCCAUUGCUACGCUUGAGUUCAAGCUAGAGCGUGACUUUGCCCCUGGUGAAGCGAUGGUCAUCAAACAGAGUGGUGAAAUGACCACUCGCAGAUGCGUAGCUGACGCGAGCCUAUCAUCGUGUAUUUUUGAGCAUGUCUAUUUUGCUCGCCCUGACUCGUUUAUAGACGGUGUUUCAGUGUACCAGGCACGCCGGAAUAUGGGGGCUAAGCUCGCACAGAAGAUAUUGCGUGAGCGUCCUAAUCACGGUAUUGAUGUUAUUAUUCCGAUUCCAGACACAAGUCGUACGUCAGCACUUGAAGCGUCUCAAAGUCUCAACAUUCCAUACCGGGAAGGCUUCGUUAAAAAUCGGUACAUUGCGCGAACGUUUAUCAUGCCUGGUCAAGUCGCACGGAAAAAGACUGUUCGAAUGAAACUAAAUGCGAUCCGCUCGGAAUUUGAAGGCAAAGUGGUACUUCUUGUAGACGAUUCGAUCGUUCGAGGCACCACCUCCCGUCAGAUUGUUCAAAUUGCGCGCGAGAAUGGCGCCAAAGCUGUGUACUUUGCUUCCGCGGCACCGGCUAUUCGUUAUCCAAACGUUUACGGAAUUGAUAUGCCCACAACAGAAGAGUUAAUUGCUUUUAACAGGACGGAAGCUCAGGUAGCAAAGGAGAUUGGCUGCGAAUGGAUGAUUUUUCAGGAUUUGAAGGACCUGGAAGACUCUGUACGUCAGGAAAAUACGUCGCUUAUAAGCUUUGACUCGUCGUGCUUUGAUGGCAAGUACGUCACGGGUGAUGUGGACCAAGCAUACUUCGAACGACUGCAUGCUGAGCGCUGCGAUGCGCGCAUGGAGGCUAAGAAUAUGGGCUUCACUCCAUUUAAUCGCACGAUCUCCAUGCCGCAAUCUGAUGAAAGCAUCGACAUGUACAACGCUCCGCAAUAG